AUGACAAAUUCAGAAAUGUCACAAAAUGUUAGUAAAAAAAUGAGAUAUUCAACUAAAUUUGGAGUUCUUAAAAAAGCACUGAAUUUGGCUAUUUCUCUAGAAUGUGAUGAUAAAUUGUUAGAUAUUUUACAUCAAUUUAUUGGAGAUAAGCAAAAAUUAAGCACUAAUUAUCUUAUAAGCAAUAAUAAUAAGAAAAAUGAUGCAACAGAAAAUCAAAAAUUUGAUAAUUUAUAUAUUUCUAUUCAAGUAGCUGAUCCACUUGUUUCUAUAUUCAAGGAAUCUAACAAUACUUAUACUGAGAUUGAUCAAGAUACCAAAUUUUUAACUAAUAAUCAAGUACAAGAAGGUGUAGUAAAUAAAUAUAAAUGUAGAAUUUGUAGUAGUUUAGAGCAUAAUGCUCAAAACAAGAAAAAAUGUCUUCAGCAAAAUUCUGUGUAA